AUGACUGUAACUCAAGAACCUCUCCACAAGGCUGCGGUUGUAGUCCGUUCAGACUCCAGCUUCCGCUUUGAAGUACGCUCAGUACCAAUCCCGCAACCCAAGCCAUGGGAAGUUCUCGUCAAACUAUCCGCCACAGGCGUCUGCGGCACCGACAUGGGCCUUGCAGCUGGCCAUCUUGGUCCAUCCUGUGAUAUCCUCGGCCACGAAGGCGUAGGCCGUGUUGUACGAAUCGGUGAUGGAGUUGACCCCAGUAUCGUCAAGACGGGCGACCGUGUUGGAAUUGCUUGGGUUCGUGAUGUCUGUGGACGAUGCUCUUGUUGUCGUGAGCCUGGUGGCGAGACGAGAUGUCGCGAGCUUCAGAAUUCGGGGCGGAAUUGGGACGGGACCUUUGCUGAGCAUUGUGUCGUGCCGAGCCGAUAUGUGUUGGUUCUUCCGGAGGAUUCUGCUCUGCCGGAUGAACUCAUCGCUCCAGUGCUAUGCGGCGGUGUCACGGCAUACAAGGCAGUCAAGACGUGUGGAGCUACUCCAGGAGAGUGGGUAGCCGUUGUAGGAGCAGCUGGAGGCGUUGGAGGGCUCGCAGUGCAGUAUGCAAAGGCCAUGGGAUAUCAAGUUGCUGCUGUCGAUGUCGGACCUUCUCAGGAAGCCUGCCUCAAAGCAGGAGCCGAUGCGUACUUUGACGCUACAGAUCCAAACAUUGUGUCUGCCCUGAAAAAGGUGACUCCUGACGAGGUGGGAGCAAAGGCAGUCGUCGUCACAGCAAACUCCGGAAAGGCAUACCAGACAGCGCUAGAUUUGGUCGCUGUCUUUGGCACGUUAGUUUGCGUUGGGAUCCCGCCUCCAGACCAGCCCUUGACUCUACACCCCAUCACGGUUAUGGAUCGAGGAAUCAGGAUCAUUGGAACUUUGGUUGGUACACGGACCGAUACGCUUGAGGCUCUUGAGUUUGUUCGGAGAGGAGCUGUGAAGCCAGUGGUGAACACGGUGGGUUUUGAUCAACUGAAUGAUGUGACGAGCAAGUUUGGCAAUAUAACCGGGAAGUUUGUUGCUCAGUUCUAG